AUGGAAUCUUGUUGGCAACUGCUGCCUCAGUCUCUGUUUUUCCUUCAUUUGCUGCUGUUGCCCAUCUUUGCUGAAGGUGCCACCAGAGUCUAUUACCUGGGUAUCUGUGAGGUGGAAUGGAAUUAUGCUCCAACAGGGAAGAACAUAAUCACAGGCCGAAGCAUUAAAGAUGACCCAGAAGCCUCUACAUUCCUCCAGUCUGGCAAGGACAGGGUGGGAAGCACUUACAAAAAAUCUGUGUAUAAGCAAUACUCAGACUCCACGUAUACAAGAGAGAUCCCCAAACCUGCCUGGCUGGGAUUUCUUGGGCCCAUCAUACGAGCAGAAGUGGGUGACACCAUUACCGUGCACCUAAAAAACUUUGCCAACCGGCCACACACGGUCCAUCCUCAUGGUGUCUUCUACAAGAAGGACUCAGAAGGGUCCCUGUACCCCGAUGUGUCCUCACAGGAUCAUAAGAAGGAUGAUGCUGUUCCACCAGGAGGGAAUCACACAUAUACUUGGACUGUCCCUGAAGAUCACAGCCCGGUGGCUGACGACCCAACCUGCUUGACCUGGGUCUACCACUCUCACACUGAUGCACCGAAGGACAUUGCUUCUGGGUUGAUUGGGCCAUUACUGACAUGCAAAGAAGGAGCUCUGACUGGCACAUCUCAAAGACGGCAUGACGUGGACCUUGAUUUCUUUCUCAUGUUCAGCGUGAUUGAUGAGAAUCUGAGCUGGCAUCUGGAUGAGAAUAUUGCAUUAUUCUGCACAGACCCAGAAUCUGUUGAUAAGGAAGAUGAGGAGUUCCAAGUGAGCAACAGAAUGCAUGCUAUUAAUGGUUAUGUGUAUGGGAACCUGCCUGAGAUGACAAUGUGUGCUGGGGAUCACGUGGCAUGGCACCUCUUUGGGAUGGGCAGUGAGACUGACGUUCACACAGCCUUCUUCCAUGGACAGACACUCACCAUCAGAGGCCACAGGUCCGACGUGGCCAGCCUCUUUCCAGCCACUUUUGUUACAGCUGACAUGAUCCCCAGUAGCACUGGGAGAUGGCUUCUGAGCUGUCAGGUCAACAAUCACCUGCAAGCUGGAAUGGAAGCAAUCUAUGAAGUCAGACAGUGUUCUCAGAAAACUCCGGAGUCCUCCAUGAACGGGACAGUUCGGAAAUACUAUAUAGCUGCAAAGGAAGUACAGUGGAAUUAUGGACCCUCAGGGCUUGACCAGAGCACAGGGAAAAGUCUGCAGGAGCCAGGCAGCUCUUCUGAGCAGUUCUUCAAGCAUAGCGCCAGGCGGAUUGGGGGAACCUACUGGAAGGCCAAGUAUGUGGAAUAUACUGAUUCAACGUUCCGGGUAGAAAAACAACGGUCAGAAGAAGAGACGCAUCUUGGGAUACUUGGUCCAGUGAUAAAAGCCGAAGUGGGAGACACCGUCUUGGUGACAUUUGCUAACAAAGCCUCUUGGCCCUUCAGUAUCCAGCCCCAUGGUGUGCUUUAUGGAAAGAAGUGGGAAGGAACGUUGUACCAUGAUGGUCUGUCAUGGAAUGGGGCUUCAGUUGAGCCUCUCCAUAACUUCACAUACCACUGGACUGUACCACAGCACGUUGGACCCACUGCCAAUGACCCUCCUUGCCUGACCUGGAUGUACUCCUCUGCGAUAAAUCCCAUCCAAGAUACCAGUUCCGGCUUAGUGGGCCCUCUGGUGAUCUGCAGACCUGGGACUCUCAACACCAGCAACAAGCAGAAAGGGAUCGACAAGGAAUUUUACCUCCUGUUCAGUGUAUUUGAUGAGAACCUCAGCUGGUAUUUACCUGCAAAUAUAAAAUACUAUUUGAGAAAGGAAGAGGCUUUUGUGACAAAGGAUGAAAGCUUCAAGGAGUCCAACAGGAUGCACGCAAUUAAUGGAUUUAUGUUCUAUAACUUGCCCAAGCUGGAAGUGUGUAAAGGGGACACUGUGUCUUGGCACUUUCUGGGUCUGGGCACUGACACAGAUGUGCAUGGAGCUGCAUUCCAGGGAAACACUAUUCAGAUGAAUGGGAUGAGGAGAGAUGCAACCAAUCUGUUCCCUCACACGUUUGCUACCGCCCUCAUGCAGCCUGAUCAUGAAGGCACUUUUGAGAUCUACUGUCAGACUAGCAACCAUUACCAGUCUGGGAUGAAGGCGCGUUACUCUGUUUCAAAGUGUGGCAAAGGGGCACCUGCUCCUGACCCCCAAUACGAGGAGGUGCGGACACACUACAUCAUGGCACAAGAGGUGGAGUGGGACUACUCACCAGAUCGCAGCUGGGAGCUGGAACACCACAACAUCUCUGGGCAGGAAAGCUAUGGCAACCAAUUUCUGAGCAAUGAGAACGGACUCCUGGGCUCCAAGUACAAGAAGGCAAUUUACAGGGAAUACACUGAUGGGACAUUCAGAAUACCCAAGAACAGGACCAUCGAUGAGGAGCAUUUAGGGAUAUUGGGUCCUUUUAUCUGGGCAGAAGUUGGAGAUGUCCUCAACAUUGUGUUUAAGAACAAUGCUACACAAGCCUACUCCAUUCAUGCGCAUGGGGUACUGGAAAGGAAUGAUGGACAGGUGGAAGCUGCAAAGCCUGGUGACAUUGUAACUUACCGCUGGGAUGUUCCUGAAAGAUCCGGUCCAGGACCAAAUGAUUUUGUCUGUGUUUCUUGGGUUUACUACUCUAUGGUGGAUCCUGUAAAGGAUAUGUACAGUGGCCUGAUAGGCCCCCUAAAGGUCUGCCGUAAAGGGGCGCUGGGCUCUGAUGGGAAGAGGAAGGGCAUCAACAGGGAGUUUGCACUCCUCUUCCUGGUUUUUGAUGAAAAUCAGUCAUGGUACCUGGAGGAAAAUGUGAAAACGUAUGCACAUGGGAAUCAGAGCAAAAUCAACCUGCAGGAUGAAGAAUUUGUGGAAAGCAACAAAAUGCAUGCCAUCAAUGGGAAGCUCUACGCAAACUUGCCUGGACUGACCAUGCACCAAGGAGACCGGGUGAACUGGUACCUGCUGGGAAUGGGCCAGGAGAUCGAUGUGCAUACAGUCCAUUUUCAUGCUGAGACCUUCACGUACAGGAACGGCAAGAGCUACAGGGCAGAUGUUGUGGAUCUGUUCCCUGGGACCUUCGAAAUGGUGGAGAUGGUGGUUGGGAACCCUGGGACGUGGUUGCUUCAUUGCCAUGUGUCAGAUCAUAUUCAUGGUGGCAUGGAGGCACUCUACAGAGUCUUACCCAGACAAGAGACAGUGCCCAUGAUCUUAAAGACAAAAGGAGAGCCCUCUCCUGAGGAUGAGUCCCAUAAGAUCGUUGUGUUUGGAGCUAAGAUGUCUCAGGAGCAAGUGGCGGUCACAGUCAUCGUUCUGGCUGUUGCAGGGAUUGUGCUGUUCCUCGUUGCCAGCUUCCUGCUGGGUAUGAUCAUCCACCUCGAGAGGCAAAGGAGGUUAAGACGCAACAGGAGGUCCAUACUGGAUGACGGAUUCAAACUCAUGUCUAAAAACAAUCAAGUAAUUUAG